AUGGAAGAAGGCAGUAACAUCAUUGCCCUAAUCUCAAAUCUGAGGGAACAGGAAGCCGUCCUGAUUUCCGAAGCCAUCGUAAGCUCAUCGGCAGACAACGCCGACGACUCGCUGAAGUGUAAACCCGAUCCCCUCAUCCAGGUCAUCCAAAAGCUCAGCAAAAUUGUCGAGAGUGAAAAGUCGCAGAAAUGCGUUUUAAUCGGGAAGAAACGCUUGUACCCCGACACCACCGGCCUUCCGGAGGUCCCAUCCAAAGCCCUGGAACUGCCCGCUCUGGGCACCAUCAAUAUAGAAGACUAUUACACGAUGGACGAUCCUCCUCAGAGCAAACGGAAAGUCCUCUGCUACGAGUGCAGCCUCUGCAAGUCCGUGUCGCCCUCUCUCCCCCUCUUACAGGAGCACAUGAAGCAACACGGCCAGCAGAACGAGGUCAUGCUCAUGUGCUCGGUCUGCAGUUUCACCACCCGGAGCGUCGAAGAUUUUGAGAGCCACAUUCGAAGUCACCCGGAGAACAGCAGCAAAAUCCACGCCCUCUUGAAGGAAGAGCAUGGCGUUGAGGUGUCCGGUACCGCUUUGCCCGGGCCGGUAGAAAAAGUCAUCAUCAGCACCGAUCACGAGAUGCAGCCUCCUCCCCAAGUGCCUGAGAAGGGGAGGCGGAAGUGGUACACCUACGAGCAAUACGGCAUGUACCGUUGCUUGAUUUGCAGCUAUACGUGCGGGCAACAGCGAAUGUUGAAGACGCACGCUUGGAAGCACGCGGGCGAGGUGAACUGCUCGUAUCCCAUAUUCGAGGAAGAAAAAAAGCAAGCCGCCUUGUCGGAUUCCGCCAUAUUGGAUACGGUCGUCCUGUCCCUAGACAAUAACGAAGCGGGACUCUGCAACAACUCGCCUGUACAACUUCGCAUUUGCAGCCCUGAGCCGAUGGCUUUCAAAACGGAAGAGCUGGUCAAAGAAGAAUCAGCCCUCAGUCAGCCGGCUGCACUUUCCCCUGCAGACCGAUUGUUCGAGGAGAGCGCGUCGUUGCAUGAAGACCUUGACCCAGAUCAUUUGGGGGCUGACAGCUUGCUUUCUUCGGCCCAGAAAAUCAUCCACUGCAGCCCGAACAAAAAGGGCCACGUUAACGUCAUUGUGGAGCGCCUGCCCAGCGCCGAAGAGCCUGCCUUGCAGAAUGAAGUCAUGGAUAGCGUCUUGCAUUAUUCCGUAGACGCCGGCCCUGAACACCCUCCGGCUGGACGGGAUGCGUCGGACGACGUUUAUCACAUGGAUAAGAAUUCGAUUGAAAUUGAAGAAGUUAUCAUUGGGUGGAGCAGCACGGAAAAGGCCGAAGAGAACAUGAAUCCCAGCCGGGCUAAAACAGCUGACGAAAAUGCUCCCCCUGCCCGGAGGAGAACCAAUUCGGAGUCUUUGAGGCUGCACUCGCUAGCCGCCGAAGCCCUGGUUACUAUGCCAAUCCGAGCCGCGGAGCUUGCCCGAUCCAGCUUCCGGGCUUUCGCCGACGUAAAUCCUUUAGGUUCGGAGGCUGGGCAGAGGCCUCCCGAAGGCGGCUAUUUAGGCCAUUCUAAACGGAUCGCCUCCUUGAAGACGGAGGAAUUGAGUAGCCUGCACCAAGAGGAACGGGCUUUGGUGGAACUGCAGAAAGAUAAACCGGAGCUCUCCGAAGUCCCCAUUAAAAUGGGCAUCAGCAUGUCGCUGCUGACCGUGAUUGAGAAAUUGAAAGAGAGGACAGACCAAAAUGCCUCCGACGAUGACAUUUUGAAGGAGUUGCAAGAUAACGUCCAGUGCCAACCGUCGGGGGAUGCCGGCGUGUUGGGGAGCAGUCUGGUGGAAUACAUCCCCGACGCGGAGCGGCCCUUCCGGUGUCGCUUAUGCCACUACAGCAGCGGCAACAAAGGGUACAUCAAACAGCAUUUGCGGGUACAUCGGCAGAGGCAGCCUUAUCAGUGUCCGAUUUGUGAGCACGUGGCCGACCACAGCAAGGAUUUAGAAAGUCACAUGAUCAACCACUGCAAAACCCGAAUGUACCAGUGUAAGCAGUGUGAGGAAUCCUUUCAUUACAAGGUGAACAAAGCUGCGCUUUGCUUAAAAAUGAACAACUUUUUCCCUUUGUCUUGUAGGCUACUGGGUCAGCUUACUGGGAAGAAAGUAACCAAAACUUUGGAAGGCGAUGCCGUUCCUUUCACCAGUAGCUCCGAAGGCUUGUCUUUUUCAAACUCUCCUAAGCCGACAGCAAACAAAAUAUUGAGUUCUGACCACCAUCAGGAUCAAGCUUCUACAACCAAUACCUCAAGCGGUUCAGAGAAGCCCGCAGGCCUGUCCUACUUGGGCUCAGAAUACUGUGUCCUGCUCUUCUGCUGUUGCAUCUGUGGGUUUGAGUCCACCAGCAAAGAGAAUUUGUUGGACCAUAUGAAAGAACACGAAGGGGAAAUCAUCAACAUCAUCCUCAAUAAGGACCAUGCAGCAACUCAAGUAUAAACUAAAUCAAUGGUUCUCCACCUUGGCAACUUGGAAGAUGUCUGGACUUCAACUCCCAGCAUUCCCCAGUCAGCCAUGCCGACGAGGGGUUUCUGGGAGUUGAAGUCCACGCGUCUUCCAAAUUGCCCGUGUGGAAAUAUCAUUGAACUAGACAAAAGUUCUCUUCAGAUCUCCAGCUUUGCCUGCAAGACUUGCUAAAUCGAAGAACUUAGGAAUAAGCAUGUAUGUAUGUGUACAUAUUUAUUUGCUCAAAAGUGCUUUUCUUCAGCAAGUCUUUGUUUCCUGCCUCCAUCCGAAGCCUCUCUUAUCCGCAAAAGAGCAAGUUAUUUUACAAGCUUUUGAAGAAACCCUGACACGAAUAAUGCUGCGUUUACAGUAAAAAAAAAAAAUCCGGACGUUACCUUCUACCCACAGGACUAUUUUUAAUGCCUAUUAUUGACCCAAACGAUAGUGGCAUAGAGGAAUUAACAAAAAAAAAAGGGAUUUAACCUUUCUACCUAGAAAUGCAUCCAGAGGGCAUAAAAAUCUGCUUUAAGGUAAGUUUUAAAGAAAACCAUCUUGAUGUGACCAUCAAGCAGCCAUUUUUGAGGACGGAAACCUUGGUUAGUUCUUAGGCUUCCUAUCGCAACCGAUGUGUUUUCCAGGCAAAACUCUUUUUGCUACGUCAAGCGACAUAAAAUAAGUUCUGCCUCUUGGUAAAAUAAAUAUAUAUAUAUUUAUCAGCACAAAUACAACAUAUAUAUAUAUAUACAACAUACAUACAUA